GCUGUGCUGCGCACGCGACUCCAACACUCUUGAAUCCUCAGAUACUUGCGCGAGAUCAAGACCGACCAUUGACACCCGCUGCACGAUCCCGAACCGUCCAAUGGACGCCGCUACCAUCUUCCGGCAGGGCAUGGGUCCUGCCGGGCCCCGUAUGAACCAUGCUUUCAUGAGCCAUCCUCAACAGCAGCAACCGCCACCGCCGCCGCCGCAGCAACAGCAGCAGCAGUUCAGAAAAGCGCCCUCGCCCCAGGACGACACCUCUGAUGGUGACACCUCUGGCCAUCGUAUUGCCCAUACCCUGACGGCGUGCUGCCGCUGUCGACAGAGGAAAACACGAUGCGAUCCUACUCUGCCCCGGUGCUUGCCAUGCGAACGAUCAGGCUCGACCUGCGAGUAUCUUGAUGCAGCCAAAGGUCGUAAAAUCAAUCGCUACUAUGUUAUCAAGCUCCAGGACAGGGUGAGGCUGCUGGAGGCCGAGUUGAGCCAGUACACCGACGAAGACAACGAGUUUCCCAGGAGCACCGAGGAUAUGGUACGCCCCGGCGGAAUGGUUCGUCUGAACGGUGGCGACGAGACACCGCGGUACCUCGGGCCUAGUAGCGGUAUUGCCAUGACGCGGCUUCUCAUGGAGGAGGCCAAGCGCUACACGGAUUCGAAACGCAUUUCCGACCUCAUUCCCAGUGUACGCGCCCGACAGGCUCGUAUGCAAUCCAUUCAGAUGACCGGCCCGGCGGCACGGAGGAAGAGCUAUCCCAUGAUCAGCCAACACCCCGCUGAGAGCCUGCCCACCAGGGCCGUCGCCGAUAAGUUGCUGGAAAUCUUCAACCAAAAGGCUCAACUAUUCUGGCCUGUGCUACAUGAGGGGGAUCUACGAGCGGACAUGGAGGCGGUUUACAAUGGCGAUAAUGAACCUUAUAGGACCUUCAUCGUUCGCAUGGUCGUUGCCAUCAGUUUGCAGAAGCUGGACACCCAAUAUGCCGGUCUCGCGGAUAGCUAUUACCUGGCUGCGAUGCAAUAUUUCGAGGACAUUGUCCGACCCAAGGACCUCAAGACGCUGCAAUGUCUGGUCUUGAUGGGCCAAUACUCGCUCCUCACGCCAACUCGGACUCCGAUUUACUACGUGGUUGGUCUUGCGACUCGAAUUUGCCAGCAGGAAGGCCUUGCGAGCGAGAAGACGAUUUCGACAGGCUACAACCUGGACCCCAAGACGAUCGACUUGCGGCGACGUAUCAUCUGGACUGUGGCCGCAAUGGAAUACGGGUUGGCGCAUAGUAUGGGCCGGCCCAACAGCUUUGCCACAGGCGAUGACCGUAUGGAUGUAGACUUCUUCUCGCCCGUCGAUGACGAGAACAUUACCGAGCACGGCAUCAAGCCGGCUCCCCCAAGCGAGCGCAAGCUCGUGGCCAUCCAUUUCUACAAGAUGCGAAUGUGCCAGGCAGAGAUUCGGAGGGCACUCUACGAGAAGAAGAGACCGGAACCAAAGAACGACUCGCAUCCCUGGUACCAGAGAGUGGAGAAGAUGAACAAGGACUGGCUGGACGCAUCGCCAGAGAACCCGGCCUGGUGUAAACCUUGGUUCACUGGCCGAUAUCACCAGAUGCGAAUCUUCAUGUACAGGCCGUCUCCUCAGGUUCCCAAGCCGUCCCCUCGGGCGGCCAAGCUCUGCUACGAAAGCGCGGCAUUCAUCGUCAACCUGUCCAGCAAGCAGAUGGAGAGUGGAAUCGACAUCACCUGGGUCUUCCUACUGACUGUCAACAUGUCACUCAACACCCUCCUCUGGUCCGUCUCGUUUCCAGUGGUGCGGCAAGAACACCCUCGCGAAGAGGUAGAGAAGCUCGUCAGCGCAUGCUUGGACGUUCUUGAUCGCUGUGCAGAACGAUGGCCCGGAACCGCAUCCACUUCCCAGCUGUAUCAGAUCUUCUCCAAGGCGUGUUUGCAGAGCUACGAAUCGCGCCAGACACCUGGACAGCCAGCCAACUUCUUCACAACCCCCCCGUCCUUUACUGAUCAUCAGUCACCUCCAGACGCCUUCUCCCAGACGAACUCUCAACAACCUCCUUAUGCGAACCCGCCUCAGUUCAGCUACGUCUUCGACUCCCCCCCUGAGGCGAUGAACACGUUCGCCUUCGACCCCAACUUUCCCCCACCGCAGCCCACCUUCCGAUCCAACUCCAUCUUCUGUAACCCUGCGAGCAAUGAACCGACAGGCCGCAGGUUCUCCUACUUCCCCCCCGACUUCACCCAGCCCGGGGAAGGGGGUCCAGAUGACCCAACACCGCCUGCGACCACGACUCCUGAGCAGCACAUGGCGUCGCCUCCCGACCAUCUGUCUGAUCAACUACCAACGCCACCUGAUUCCGCCCUUACUGGAAACAUGACGACACCCGGCUCUGUGCUCUCCCCACCGAGCAGCAUGACGCAGCAGCACACCCCCAACAUGCAACACGCAUCCCCGGUUCCCAUGUCUGCGCACACCAACAUGUCUCCUCCACAGAAGCCGGGUCUUCCCCAGCGUGGACCGACCUUCUCUGUUCCGCCGACAAGCCAGUCUGCUCUCGCCCAGCGACCGCUGCCCGCUCCGAACGGUAUUGGCGACUGGUUCUCUCCGCCUCCGCCCUUCAUCUCCCCCUUCUCCUUCGGCAACAUGAGCAACAGUUUCUUUAACGAUGGCAUGUCUGCAGGACCUGGCAAUUACGGAGACAUGUCGGGCUCCGGCCUUGGUCUGCAGAACCUCGACGCCGCCGCCAUGACUGGGCCCCAGUUUGACUACAACUUCACCCGCCAGGGCAGCCUCACUCAGUCACAGCAGCUCGAGCUUAUGAACGUGCUCGAAACCGAGGGGAUGACGGACAUUGACGCCUUUUUGAGCGGCAACACGGUACCUAACACCAGGUGGUAUUGAGAACACUUGACGAGUAUUGAGUACCAUAUAUAGCGGACGGAGGAGAGGCCAACAUGCAUGGGGAGGCGUUUCUUGCUUUGAUUCGCGAAUAUCAUUA